CCCAACAAUUUAAUGAAGCUCAAUUCAGAAUCCGAUCCAUUGCCUAAACGGGUCAAUGAAGCUCCUCGAAUACGAAUCUCCCAAUUUGCAUUUUGUAGAAGAAGAAGAAGAACUACCUGAAGAAGCGGGUUCCGAUCCCGUCGCAACCGCAAAUUCCUGAAAUGAGUACUGGAGUUGGAUGGUAUGUUCUUGGUCAGGAUCAGCAGCUUAUUGGUCCUUACACAAUCUCUGAGCUGCAAGAGCAUCACUCGAGUGCCUAUUUGCAUGAAAGUACACUUGUAUGGGCUGAAGGGUGCAGUGAUUGGCAGCCGCUAUCAUCGGUUCUUGGGUUAUCAACCGGUUCUCAGCAGAAUGCUCCUAGUGCAGUCGCUGUAACGUUUAAUGAAGAAGAGGAGUUUGAAAAGUGGCAGAGGGAGGUUAGAGAGGCAGAAGCAGCGGCAGAGGCAGAGGCCAACCUAAAUGAUGAUCUGGAAAGGCCUUCAACUCCGCCUGAGGGGGAGGAGGAAUUCACUGAUGACGAUGGAACUAGAUAUAAAUGGGAUCGGACUCUUAAGGCUUGGGUACCCCAGGAGGAAACGGAUCAUACGAAAGAGGAUUAUGGUCUGGAGGAUAUGGUUUUUGUGCAAGAAGAGGAAGUAUUUCCAAUAGUGGAUGCUAGUGAUCUGGCAGCGGAAAAGAAGGAUAAUGAUGCUGUUGUUGUAGCUGUUGAAGAGAAACAAAAUGGCAAGCGAAAGCAUCCUGAGGAAAGUGCUGAUAAGAAAGCUACAGAAAAGAAGGAACCCAACAAACCACCUGAUUCUUGGUUUGAUUUGAAAGUUAAUACACAUGUAUAUGUAACCGGCUUGCCAGAAGAUGUCACUAUUGAAGAGAUGGUUGAAGUGUUCUCGAAGUGUGGGAUCAUAAAAGAGGAUCCUGAAACAAAGAGGCCUCGAAUAAAGAUCUAUGUUAACAAAGAAACUGGAAAGAAAAAGGGAGAUGCUCUGGUAACGUAUCUGAAGGAACCUUCUGUAGACCUAGCUAUCAAAAUUUUGGACGGAGCUCCUCUAAGGCCUGGUGAGAAGACUACCAUGUCAGUAUCACUAGCUAAGUUUGAGCAAAAAGGUGAUAAAUUUAUAUCCAAGCAAGUAGACAAUAAGAAGAAGAGAAAGCUUCAUAAGGUUGAGCAGAAGAUGUUGGGCUGGGGUGGCCGUGAUGAUUCAAAGGUGUCUAUGCCAGCAACUGUCCUUCUCCGUUACAUGUUCACUCCUGCUGAAAUGAGGGCCGAUGAGAGUUUGCACUCUGAACUGGAGGAGGAUGUCCGUGAUGAGUGUGGAAAGCUUGGCCCAUUGGAUGCUGUCAAGAUAUGUGAGAAUCACCCUCAAGGUGUUAUCUUGGUGAAGUAUAAGGAUAGUAAGGAUGCUCUUAAAUGCAUAGAGUCGAUGAACGGGCGAUGGUUUGGUGGGAAGCAGGUUCAUGCAUGUCUUGAUGAUGGCACCGUCAACCAUGCUUUGGUACGUGAUUUGGAAGAAGAGACCGACAGAUUAGAGAAAUUCGGGGAAGAGCUUGAAAACGAAUGACAGAUUGUUGGAGUAACGACUGUCAUCUUGUAAAUGUAAAUGAGGAGUGUCAUUCCUGCAAGUUUCUUGAUAUAGGUUUGCAGUUUCUAGAUUCACUGGUGAUUUAUAGUUACAGUUUCUGCUCUCCGGAGAGUAUGUAUUAUUCUUUGAGAAUAUAUUCCCUCCUAUUGUAGUACGUUUGUUCCCAUAUAAAUUGAAGACUAAUGUCUAAAAUUUAUCCCCAA